GCGAGUGCAUUCGAGUUCGCGCAUGCGCACUUGAUGGGAAACGUGAAUGAAAACGGGCAGCUAUGCCGCGCGCUUGCAGAGAACGGGCUGGACUCGUCGGCUUGGAGCAUCGGCCGGUGUACCGGAGGACCGACCCGGGGGCUGGCGGACCGGGAGGCUGCUGACGGCGCGUGUCUUUCAACGGGCAAAACCUCCUCCAGAAACUGCUGCCAAAAAAAAAGAGGAAGAAGAAAAAUAAAAGGACCCCAACAACACAACAGCAGUCGACAAAAAAAAUAACCCGUUUCUCCUCUCAUCUCCUUCGGCUUUCAUCUCCCGACAGAGGCACGGACGGAGGCAUCAGCAAUGUUGCUGCUAAAUGUCUAGGAUUUGUUAGCGGUGGUCUCGUCGUUGAUAUCCGCUGUGGACUGAACAGAACACGGACUGCAAGCCACAACAGAGGGCUUCACUAUGGUUUUAUUGGCACGCGGCAGUAGGAGAUGUCUUCAUAGCUGCUGUAUGGGGACGUUAUGCUUGCAGUUGUUGCUGUGGAUUUUAUGUGCCGUGAAGGGGGAGAGUCAGACCUUCAGUGUCGAGGCUUGGCUCCAGAUGUAUGGCUACCUCCCUCCUGCAGACCCCAGAAUGGCAGUGCUACGUUCUGCCAAAGUCAUGCAGUCUGCUAUUGCUGCCAUGCAGCGCCGCUACGGCCUAAAUGUCACAGGAACUCUGGACAGCAACACCAUAGACGAUAACACCAUAAGGUGGAUGAGGCAGCCCAGGUGUGGUGUUCCCGACCAGAUAGGCGGUACGUCCAAAGUCAGUGUCAGGAAACGGCGGUACGCCCUCACAGGCCAGAAGUGGCAACAUAAACAUAUCACAUACAGCCUAAAAAACGUCACGCCCAAGGUGGGUGAUGAGAAAACCCAUGACGCCAUACGGAGAGCUUUUGACGUUUGGCAAAAGGUGACGCCGCUGCGCUUCGAGGCGGUUCCCUACAACGAGCUACAGAGGACCAAGAAAGAUGUGGACAUCACCAUCAUCUUUGCUUCGGGUUUCCAUGGCGACAGCUCACCCUUUGACGGCGAGGGCGGCUUUCUCGCCCAUGCCUACUUUCCAGGGCCGGGAAUAGGAGGAGACACGCACUUUGACUCGGACGAGCCGUGGACACUGGGCAACCCAAACCAUGACGGAAACGAUUUGUUCCUGGUGGCAGUUCAUGAACUCGGCCAUGCUCUUGGUCUUGAACACUCCAACGAUCCAACGGCCAUCAUGGCCCCUUUCUACCAAUACAUGGAUACAGACAACUUCAAGCUGCCCAUGGAUGACCUUAUGGGCAUACAGAAGAUAUAUGGCCCGCCUGAUAGGAUUCCCCAGCCCACGAAGGCUUUGCCCACGGCUCCCCCUCCCCGUUCCCAUCCACCCUCAGACCCCCGUAAGCCAGACAGACAGCCCCGGCCCCCAUGGCUUCCCCCCGGAGACACUCCGUCACCUCCAAAUGCUAAACCAAACAUCUGCGACGGAGACUUCAACACCUUGGCCAUACUAAGACGGGAGAUGUUCGUCUUUAAGGACCAGUGGUUUUGGCGAGUGCGAGACAACUCUGUACCGCCAGGAUACCCCAUGCGCAUCAGCGUCUUCUGGAGAGGCCUCCCACCCAAAAUCGACGCAGUGUACGAGAACAGCGAGGGCAAAUUUGUCUUCUUCAAAGGAAAACAGUUCUGGGUAUUUAAGGACACAAUGUUGCAGCGUGGAUACCCAAAGGACAUCACCCAGUUCGCUCGUGGAAUGCCUUCCCAGAGCUUUGAGACCGCGGUGUGGUGGGAAGACGUAGCCAAGACCUACUUCUUUAAAGGGGACAGGUAUUGGCGUGCCAGUGAAGAAUUGGGAACCAUGGACCCUGGCUAUCCAAAGCCCAUAUCGGUUUGGAGGGGCGUGCCUGAUUCACCACAGGGGGCCUUUGUCGACAAAGCAACCGGUUUUACCUACUUCUACAAGGGGAAGGAAUACUGGAAGUUCAACAACCAGCUCCUGCGGGUGGAGCCCGGCUACCCGCGCUCCAUCCUCAAAGACUUCAUGGGCUGCGAUCUCAGGCCGAUCGACCCCGGCCGUCCACCAGCCGAUGACGGCGACACGGACGUGGUGAUCGAGCUGGAAAACGGGGCGGACACGGUGAAGGCCAUAGUCAUCAUCAUUCCGUGCGUGCUCGCGCUGUGUGGGGUGAUGGUGGUCUACACCGUGGUGCAGUUCAAGAAGAAGGGCACGCCGCGCCACAUACUGUACUGCAAACGCUCCAUGCAGGAAUGGGUCUGACGCAUUUGAACGAACAAAGGGGUGGGAGGGAAGGGAGAGGCUGGUGAAGGAAAAAAAAAAAAGAACAGCCUCACUUUUAUCGAGGAGGAUAGCCGACUUUGGAAAUGUUUCUCUAGAAACGUAUGCCUCCUCCUCCUCUUGGGUGGUCUGACACCUUUGCUCAGACCCUCUGAAACAUCCGGACAGACUGACUGUGGACCGUCGUGUAAAGGCGGCCCUUUAACUUAAUGCUGACUCCAUCAGCCCCAGCCUUUUUAACAAACAGGGGAGCUGAGGGGGGUCCUCGUUGGGAAGGACACUUUGUCCAAAUCCAAAAAGAAAAGAAAAAAGGUGAAACAAAGAAGGUCAGCAUCACUUUGUAUCUCAGAAACUUGACUUUUUGUCCCUUUCCUGUUUUUGUUUAUAUUUCUCUGCCUUCUGCUUUUAGUCAGAGGGAGGACCUUCAGGGGCGCCGAAUUACCAUCUGUCAUAUCAAGUUCUGAAAAAAAAAACUCUUUUCUAUUGCCUGAACUGGAUACUCAUUCCACCCAACUCUCUUGAGAUGCCCCCCCCCCCUCCAAAAAAAAAAUAUAAAACCCUACGCUUAUCACACAACUUUUCUGUUCUGUUUUGUUUUUAUGUCAGAAAUCAUUUUAAUUGAUUUGAGAAAGGAGGUCCUCACUAUUCCCUUUAAGACACUCCUAAGACCAAACCAAAAGAAUACAUUUGUCUCCAAAGAGGAUCACUUUUCUGUUAAUCUCUACUUCAUGUUUGUUGCAGUUUCUUCAUCAUUCCGUUUUUUUCUGGAUUUUUAUGGUGAUUUAGAGUCAGGGAGCUCUGACUGUUGUGGCAGUCUGUUUGAGACACAGGGGCCAAAUUUUCUGCAAUAUUUUAACGCGCCUUAAUUAUCCUUUUAUAUGAUUUUUUUGUUGUGCCUGCUUUUGCUCUUCCUUGUGUUUUUCCUUUAUGUUUUUUAAAAUACUGCUCUUGUUUUCUUUUGUGUUUAAAAGAAGCUGAAAUAAGUGCUUCUUGUGGUUGGUUUUCCAUGGAUGUUAUUUUUUAUUAUAUUACCCAAAAUCCUCAGCACUGGCUUGCUGAAAUAUUGUGGGCAGAACAAACAGUAGAGUCAGCCUCUAUCGAGAGUAUCAUUGGAAAAUUCUGGAGUAAAGCCACUAUUUUGUGCGUGUUACGAUUUCUGUUCUAUUAUUUUGUUAUCUCUGUACAGCAAAAAAUCCAAGCCAAUGAGAGCUUCAGGGUCUGAUUUUGGAUUUGUCCUUGCCUUGGAUUUGUCCCACAAUGCUCUUUCCCGAGGACCUACAACAUGGGACAACCAGUCAAGAUCAGUGCCUAUGUCAGCAUGCACGCAAGCAUCCGCUGUACACGCAAACAGUUCCAAUCUACGUGGCUUUGGAGUUUGGUUGACAUUUUCUGCUUUAUUGUUACCCCUUUUUUUCAGCGUUUUUCACUCCCCUAUUCCCUUCUUACAGGUACAAGUAAAUCUAAAAGUAUAAAAGAAAAAAAAAGAAGAUACUGAGAGAAUCAAUGGUACAUAUGCAAAUUUAGAAACAACCGUAAUGGGUGAUUGGCGGUUUUAGAUUGGCCUCUACAAGCCUCUCAUAAACGCUAUGUGUCUUUGAACGUGUUUGCUUUUUCAUGGUCACUUACCGUGUUGGAAUCCUUCCUGUUUUCUGGUCAUAAUUGGAAUCGGAACGUCUCACUUUUCUUUGUGUAAGAUUCUGGGACAGCCAGAAAACAUGUCCUGACUGAAUGAAUAAAAUGGUCAAUAUAUGGUAAAGAGC